AUCUCCAUUGUGAUUAUUUGCUUAAAUACGAGCAACGCGUCUGCUUAAAAAAACAGUCAGAGGCGCCAUGCCCGCAACAUAAUAUGCACAACUACAGGCUCAGAGCUUUACUCUUGGGCUCUAUACGCUCGCACUCCAAUCCCAACAAUCGUCACUUACUUCACCACUCUCCUUCUAUUCGCAGCAACAACCCCCUGUUUAACUUUUUUGUUCUGCUCCCACUCUCUGCUCCAAAACAACGCCGUGGCUUUUGCGGCUAUGCUGCCGAGCAGUUCUCCGACGACGAGUACGAGUGUGACUAUGAAACUCAUAAGGCAUCAUCAACGGUGGCCAACAUUGACGAGUGGAAAUGGAAACUCAGUGUGCUGUUACGUAGUGAAACUGACCAAGAGAUUGUCUCCAGAGAUAAAAGAGAUAGAAGAGAUUAUGAGCAGAUUUCAAAUCUCGCUAAAAGGAUGGGGCUCUACAGUCAAAUUUAUGGAAAAGUAGUAGUUGCGAGCAAGGUUCCUCUUGCUAAUUACCGGCCAGAUUUGGAUGAUAAGCGGCCACAAAGGGAGGUUGUGAUCCCACUAAGCUUGCAGAGGAGAGUCGAGGGUCUACUGCAGGAACACCUUGAUAGAACUCAGUUAAGUUCCGGAAAUGUUACUGAGAGUUCAGAUGAAUUGAAGUCUGUUGAUCAGGUUGAAGAUGUGAAUCUGGAUGAAAAUCCGGAUUCUUUCCUCGAUGGGUCUGUCAUGGAGAAGGUUCUUCUGAGGAGGAGUUUGCAAAUGCGAAAUAUGCAAAGAGCUUGGCAGGAAUCACCUGAAGGUAGGAAGAUGAUGGAUUUUCGGAAAUCUCUACCCGCAUUCAAGGAAAAGGAAAGAUUGCUCCAAGCAAUAGCCCGGAAUCAGGUAAUAGUAAUAUCCGGUGAGACAGGAUGUGGUAAGACCACUCAACUUCCUCAAUAUGUAUUAGAGUCAGAAUUAGAAUCUGGUCGUGGAGCAUUCUGUAGCAUAAUAUGCACACAACCUCGAAGAAUAUCUGCUAUGGCUGUUGCAGAUAGAGUCUCCACAGAGAGAGGGGAGCCUCUUGGUGAAACAGUUGGCUUCAAAGUUCGAUUAGAGGGCAUGAAAGGAAAAAAUACCCAUCUCCUUUUUUGCACCAGUGGUAUUUUACUUCGAAGGCUGCUAAGUGAUCGCAACUUGAAUGGUGUCACCCAUGUCUUUGUUGAUGAAAUACAUGAGCGAGGCAUGAAUGAAGAUUUUCUCUUAAUUGUGUUGAAGGAUCUUCUUUCACGUCGUAGGGAUUUGAGAUUGAUUUUAAUGAGUGCAACUCUGAAUGCUGAGCUUUUCUCAAAUUAUUUUGGAGAGGCACCCACAAUUCACAUCCCGGGCUUUACAUAUCCAGUGCAAGCUCACUUUUUGGAAGAUGUAUUGGAAAUGACUGGGUACAAGUUGACUUCUUUUAACCAAAUUGAUGACUAUGGACAAGAGAAAAUGUGGAAAACACAGAGACAGCUGGUGCCACGGAAACGGAAAAACCAGAUCACUGCUCUUGUUGAGGAUGCACUACAGAAAUCUAGUUUUGAAAAUUACAGCUCCAGGGCACGUGAUUCUCUUGCAUGCUGGACACCUGAUUGUAUAGGAUUUAAUCUUAUUGAAGCAGUUCUGUGCCAUAUAUGCCGAAAAGAACGCUCAGGUGCUGUGUUGGUAUUUAUGACUGGUUGGGAGGAUAUCAGCUGUUUGAGGGAUCAACUUAAAGCUCAUCCGCUUGUAGGAGAUCCUAAUCGAGUUCUGCUUCUAACUUGCCAUGGUUCAAUGGCUACAUCUGAACAAAAACUGAUAUUUGAGAGACCACCACCAAAUAUACGUAAAAUUAUUUUGGCAACAAAUAUGGCUGAGGCUAGCAUUACAAUUAAUGAUGUAGUCUUUGUGGUUGAUUGUGGAAAAGCGAAGGAAACAACUUAUGAUGCACUGAAUAACACACCUUGUCUGCUACCUUCUUGGGUAUCACAAGCUUCUGCUCGACAAAGAAGGGGCAGGGCCGGUCGUGUGCAACCUGGAGAAUGUUAUCACCUAUACCCCAGAUGUGUUUAUGAAGCUUUUGCUGAAUAUCAACUUCCUGAACUUUUGAGAACUCCCUUGAACUCUCUCUGCUUGCAAAUAAAGAGUCUGCAAGUUGGAAGUAUUGCAGAAUUCUUAUCAGCAGCUUUGCAGCCACCGGAACCAUUGGCUGUCCAAAAUGCUAUUGACUUUUUGAAGAUGAUUGGGGCCUUGGAUGAGAAGGAGAAUCUGACAAAUCUUGGAAAGUUUUUGUCAAUGCUUCCUGUAGAUCCCAAGCUAGGGAAAAUGCUAGUCAUGGGUGCUAUAUUUCGAUGCUUUGAUCCUGUAUUAACCAUUGUAUCAGGGCUCAGCGUCAGGGAUCCUUUCCUUUUGCCUCAAGAAAAAAAGGACUUAGCUGGAAUAGCUAAGUCUAGAUUCUCUGCCAAAGACUACAGUGAUCACAUGGCUCUUGUCCGUGCAUAUGAAGGGUGGAAAGAUGCUGAAAGAGAAGGAUCUGCGUAUGAGUAUUGUUGGAGGAAUUUCCUGUCUGCACAAACUCUUCAGGCCAUUCAUUCUCUACAGAAGCAGUUUACCUUCAUUUUAAAAGAUGCUGGUUUACUCGAUGAAGAUACAGGUACUAAAAACAAAUUAAGUCACAACCAGUCCAUGGUCCGUGCUGUCAUAUGUUCUGGUCUCUUUCCUGGCAUAUCAUCUGUUGUGCACAGAGAGACAUCCAUGUCUUUCAAAACAAUGGAUGACGGUCAAGUUUUUCUAUAUGCGAAUUCUGUAAAUGCACGCUAUCAGACAAUUCCUUACCCUUGGCUGGUAUUUGGUGAAAAAGUGAAAGUCAAUACAGUUUUCAUCCGUGAUUCUACUGGAAUAUCUGAUUCAAUACUAAUCCUUUUUGGCGGUGCUCUAAACAGUGGGGCACAGGCGGGCCAUUUGAAAAUGCUGGAUGGUUAUAUUGAUUUCUUCAUGGAUCCUAGUUUGGCUGAGUGCUAUUUGAAGCUUAAGGAAGAACUUGACAAGCUUCUUCAAAAAAAGCUUGAAGAUUGUAGCAUUGACAUUCACAAGGAAGGCAAGUACCUUAUGCUUGCUGUUCAAGAGCUGGUAACAGGAGACCAAUGUGAGGGAAGAUUUGUGUUUGGCCGUGCAAGCAAGAAACCGAAGGAGUCUGCUGACAACAGCAAAUUUACGAAAGAUGGAACAAAUCCUAAAAGCUUACUACAGACUCUUUUGAUGAGAGCAGGCCAUUCCCCUCCUAAAUACAAAACAAAACACCUUAAGACAAAUGAGUUCAGGGCGCUGGUAGAGUUCAAAGGAAUGCAAUUUGUGGGAAAACCAAAAAAAAACAAGCAGCUUGCAGAGAGGGAUGCUGCUGUAGAGGCUUUGGCCUGGUUGACUCACACCUCUACCGACAAUCAAGACCAGGAUGAUGAUACCCCACCGGAUGUCACCGAUAAUAUGCUUAAACUUCUCGGGAAACGUCGAAGAUCAAAAGGCCACCCUCGAUGAUUAUGAAUUCCUCAAGAGUAUCUCUUCUUCAGAGCUGCUGGGCAUAUGAAAGUGGUAACCAGUUGAUACAUACUCUUAUAUUGUCCUGCCGCAGCAAUUGUUGCACUUUUUUUCAUACUUUGUGGAAUUGGCAAGGCUUCCCAAAGAUAUUGGGGCUGGAAGAAAAUAUAGUGGUUAGAGAACAGGACAUUGAGAGGGUGUCACACAAUUAGAUUAUUUGUUUAACUAUAUGCUGUGUUAUAGGCAUAAUGAACAAAAUCUCUCAUUGAGAUCUGUACAAUUUUUAAGCCGAGGAACUGUAUAAUGUUAAUUUGAUUCUAAUUUAAAGUCAGUUAAAAGUAAUUUAAAUUAUUGAAGUUACUUAAA